CCCGCCCGGGUGUGUCAGGGGGUGCUCCCGGCCACCUCCGUCACCCGCUGACACCCGGCGCUGCCCCCAGGACAACUCGGCGCGGGUGCAGGAGGACCUGGAGGGGGAGUUCCAGUCGCUGUACGUGCUGCUGGACGAGCUGAAGGACGGCAUGCUGACCAAGAUCAAGCAGGACCGCGCCAGCCGCACCUACGAGCUGCAGGCGCAGCUGGCGGCUUGCGCCAAGGCGCUGGAGAGCUCGGAGGAGCUGCUGGAGACGGCCAACCAGACCCUGGAGACAGCCAACAACCACGACUUCACCCAGGCUGCCAAACAGAUCAAGGAUAGCGUGACGAUGGCCCCCGCCUUCCGCCUCUCGCUCAAGGCCAAGGUGAGCGACAACAUGAGCCAUCUGAUGGUGGAUUUUGCCCAGGAGCGCCGCCUGCUCCAGGCCCUCGCCUUCCUGCCAGUGCCCAGCACCCCCGAAAUCGACCUGGCGGAGUCGCUGGUGGCCGACAACUGCGUGACGCUGGCCUGGAGGAUGCCCGACGAGGACAGCAAGAUCGACCACUACGUGCUGGAGUACCGCAGGACCAACUUCGAGGGGCCGCCCCGCGCCAAGGAGGACCAGCCCUGGAUGGUGGUCGAGGGCAUCAAGGGCACCGAGUACACCCUGUCCGGGCUGAAGUUUGACAUGAAGUACAUGAAUUUCCGCGUGCGGGCGUGUAACAAGGCCGUGGCGGGCGAGUUCUCGGAGCCGGUCACUUUGGAGACGAGAGCAUUCAUGUUCCGGCUGGAUGCCAGCACGUGCCACCAGAACCUGCGGGUGGAGGAGCUCAGCGUGGAGUGGGACGCCACGGGCGGCAAGGUGCAGGACGUCAAGGCACGCGAGAAGGACGGCAAGGGCAGGACGGCCUCGCCCGCCAACUCGCCCGCCAGGGCGGUGCAGUCCCCCAAGAGGAUGUCCUCGGGGCGCGGGGGCAGAGACCGCUUCACCGCCGAGUCCUACACGGUGCUGGGUGAGCUGGGGGCACCCGGAGCGCGGUGCUGGGAGCGAGAGGGUGGGCCUGCGGGGGCGACGGAG